UACAAAAAGUAAAAACAAGUCUUUCAUCUGCCCGCCAAAAGAAAAAAGAAGAAGAUGAACAUGGCAGGUGGCGGGAGGAGCAGAACCGCCGCACAGUUCGCAGAUCUAUUGCAGUCUUGCAUCGACAAGAAAUGGCUCUCCGUCGGCAAGCUUCUCCACGCCCGUCUCCUCCGCCUCGGCCUCCACUCCGACACCUUCCUCUUCAACCGCCUCAUCGAGCUCUGUUCCAAGUGCGUCGAAACCCUCUACGCCCGCCGCCUGUUCGACCAAAUGCCCCACAGGGACGUAUACUCUUGGAACGCCAUGCUCGGGGCCUACUGCAAGUCCGGGAAGCUCCAGGAGGCGCACGACCUUUUUGGCCGGAUGCCCGAGAGGAACGCCGUCUCCUGGAACAACGUGAUCAGCGCCUUGGCCAAGAACGGGCUGGAAGAUAAGGCGUUGGGCGUCUUUUCUGGGAUGGUCUCGCAAGGACUCGUGCCAACCCGUUUCACCCUAGCCAGUGUUUUCAGCGCCUGUGGUGCUUUGUCCAACGUAGCUUAUGGGAGGAGGUGCCACGGGCUUGUCGUGAAGAUUGGCCUCGACAAGAAUGUGUAUGUUGGGAAUGCUCUGUUGGGCAUGUAUGCUAAGUGUGGAUGCUGUGAGGACGCAGUUCGGGCUUUUGGAGACGUGCCUGAUCCCAACGAGGUCUCCAUUACAACGAUCAUGGGCGUGCUGGCCCAGACUGAAAGGGUCCAAGAAGCUCUGCAUAUGUUCAGGUUGAUGCUUAGGGAAGGGAUUAAUGUAGAUUCUGUCUCCUUGUCGAGCGUUCUGGGCCUGUGCACUGAAAGGGUUAAUGAAGAGCCUGAUGCUGUAGAUGGUGAAAGCAAGGAGUUAUCCCAUUGUAUGCUACAGGGUCAACAGAUACAUGGUCUAUCUAUUAAGCUUGGCUUCGAAAAGGAUCGUCAUUUGACCAACUCAUUGCUCGAUAUGUACACAAAGAAUGGAGACAUGGGCAGUGCUGAGAGAAUCUUCAGUAAUCUUCUGCCUGAAGAAGUGAGCGUCGUUACCUGGAAUGUGAUGAUAGCUGGAUAUGGCUACAAAUCCCGAAGUGACAAAGCCAUGCUUCUGCUGCAAAGGAUGCAGUCCCUAGGUUUCAAACCGGAUGAAGUCACUUAUAUCAAUAUGCUAGUCGGAUGUGUCAGAUUGGGGAAUAUCGGAACUGCUCGGGAGAUGUUCGAUAACCUGUCAUCCCCGACAUUGAGCUCGUGGAAUGCCAUGAUAUCUUGCUAUUUCCAGAGUGGGAAUGAGAUCGAGGCAUUGAGGCUUUUCAGAAGAAUGCAGUUUCGAGGUGUCCAACCCGAUCGGACCACUCUAGCUGUCAUACUUGGCUCUUGUGCGGGGAUGGGGCUUUUUGAGUUUGGGAGGCAGGUCCACGCAGCUUCAUUGAAGGGAACUUAUGCUAUAGAUGUGUAUGUUGCCAGUGGUCUCAUUUCCAUGUACUCAAAGUGUGGGAAAGCAGAGUUGGCACAGGUCCUAUUCAAUAGGAUGACUGAGACAGAUAUUGUUUGUUGGAACUCCAUGAUGGCAGGACUGGCAAUUAAUUCCCGAGAUAUGGAAGCUUUUGCAUUGUUUAAGGAGAUGCGAAGAAAGGCAAUGGUUCCUACCCAGUUCUCUUACACAACCAUCCUGAGCUGUUGUGGGAAGCUGCCUUCUUCUUCAGUUCAAGGGAGACAGGUUCAUGCUCAGAUUGUGAAAGAAGGAUAUGCAAAUGACGUGUUUGUGGGAAGCGCCCUCAUUGACAUGCACUGCAAGUGUGGAGACGUAGAUGGGGCCCGGAAGUUCUUUGAUGCUAUGCCUUUAAGGAACACGGUCACAUGGAACGAGAUGAUACAUGGGUAUGCCCAAAAUGGCCGUGGGCAUGAGGCAGUAGCUCUAUAUCGAGACAUGAUAGCUUCUUCACAUGAGAGGCCCGACAGCAUCACUUUUGUUGCUGUGCUAACUGCCUGCAGCCAUGGAGGAAUGGUCGACGAGGGCAUCACUAUAUUUAAUUCAAUGCAGCGAGAGCAUGGAGUUGAACCUGCUUUGGAUCAUUACACAUGCAUUAUAGAUUCUCUGGGCCGAGCUGGUAGGUUUAAUGAGGCAGAGGCAUUCAUAGAUAGGGUUCCAAGUAAGGAUGAUCCAAUUAUAUGGGAGGUUCUGCUUAGUUCCUGUAGAAUCCAUGGCAAUGUAAUCUUAGCAAAGAGAGUGGCUGAAGAGCUACACCGAUUGGAUCCUCAGAAUUCAUCCCCUUAUGUGCUUCUAGCGAACAUCUACGCUUCUCAGGGAAGAUGGGAUGAAGCAAGGGCAGUGAGAGAACUAAUGGACUCUAAAAAGGUCGCCAAAAAUCCAGGCUAUAGCUGGAUUGAUAUUAAGAGUGGAGACCAAACUUUUCUUGAGGAUGAUUUUCAGGCAUUGGAAGGUUGAGAAUCAAAUUAAAGGAUUCUCUGCAAGGCAGCAGCAGGUCCAUUUCUGGAGGAGAUAACUAUUCUUCCGAGGGCAAUCCGUCUGCAAUAUUCAUAAGUCAGUCAAUCCUUUGGUCUGUGGCUCCUGCGAGAGCAACUACUACUUAUUUUGACCGCGAUACAUGCAGCGAAUGUCAGCAAACUGUUUGGUCCACCUUGGAACAAUUGCAAGUGAUUUGACUAGAAGAUCUAUCUAUUGGUAGUAAAUGGAGCCGGGGGCCAAAAAAAAUUGGACGGGGUAUGGAGACCCCAACUAAAAAGGAUACCCUUCGGAGGACAAUGAAAAGUAUGUAAAUUGUGGUGGAGCUCCAAGGAUUCCCCAAGCGAGCCAAUCAGCUCAGACGUUGCCUUACUUGAUACCUGUGAGUCACUUGGUCCUGUCAAUCCUUCAAGGAUGACUCUUCAUAUAGCAGAAAUCAAUGAAGAGAUAGAUGGAGCACAAUAUUGGCAAGCGAUUAGGUUCCGAGCAAUUUACGAGUCAACCUCAACAUAAUCCUUUUGAAUCGAAGAGUCUGGCCAGCUACAGACCUGACUUUACGCCCCAUAAUUCGGCAACAACUGACCUGGCUAUAUUGAUAUUCUGAAUAAAGCCGCCCAGCCACCAAUCGUCCUCAUCGUGGAUGAGGCCCCUGGCACCAGGCAGACCAGGAUUGCCUCGAGAAGCUCUGUCAAUAUCGAUCUUGACCCAAUUUCUUGGGAGGAUGGAUCCAUCUAAUCCAAUUCCACUCCCUAAGGUUGUUUAGAAAGAGUUCGAGAAUGCAGCUCCGAUUGCAGGACGUAUGAAAACAAUGUUUGAGAUUAGAAGUUCUGUUGCUGAGAAAUACAUGUGCCUCGACAGAGGGGUCAGUUUGCACCCUGAGAGGUUGGUUUCGUGAUUUCCACAUCUCGGUAGAACAGGACAGUCAUCCCCGAGGGGAUGGAUCAUUUGAUGCAUGAACAAUUUAAAGUUUUACCAGGCUACUAUAUUUUCAUUCCA